AUGAGUGAACUAGACUCUAAGGAAUACGUGAUUUCGAUUAAUGAUGAAGGCUCUGCACGAGACCGAAUUUCGAUUAAUGGUGAAGACUCUGCACGAGACCGAAUUUCAAUUGAUGAUGAAGGCUCUUCACGAGACCGAAUUUCGAUUGAUAAUGAAGGCUCUGCACAAGAACGAAUUUCGAAUAAUUACGUGCAUUCAAAAAAAAUAAUAACAAAUACUAAUUCCGAGGAUUAUGAUCAAUCUAUUUGCGUGUGGAAAGCCGUGGAAUAUGAAAAGGGAGUGCCCAAAUUAACCAUCUAUGAUUCAUUUGACCUUACAUAUUUAACUUCAUACUGGAGGCUAGAAAGAGUUUCAAAUUGCAAACAUAUUCUCUUAAUUAUUGAUAGAGAUACUCCUUACGACCUCGGUCGUUUGCAAAACAUUGAAAGUUUAUCUGAAGGACAAAAUUGGAUCAAAUACUUAGAUGAACCUGAAGAUGAAAGUGAACCUUCACCUUCACCUGAAGAAUAUAAUAGAAUUGAUUUACUUUCUUAUAGAAAUGAAAUAUUAGAAACGAUAGAAAACACUUAA